AUGGCUGCUGCAGGGGGUCACAUCCAGAAUCUCCGUGAGGAAGCCACUUGCUCCAUCUGCCUGGAUUACUUCAAGGAUCCAGUGACCAUUCCAGAGUGUGGGCACAACUUCUGCCAAUCCUGCUUGGUCCUGUUCUGGGGGGAAUCGAAGGCGGAGGCUUCCUGCCCUCAGUGCAGAGAAAAAGUCCAGAGAAGGAACCUUGUCUCCAACCGGCAACUGGCUAACGUGGUGGAAAUAGCCAAGAAUCUCAGCCUUCAAGAGGGAAAGGAGGAAGGAGGGAAAGGAGGAGUCUGUGAGAAGCACCAGGAGCCCCUGAAGCUCUUCUGCAAAGUCCACGAAGCCCCCAUCUGCCUGGUGUGCGACAAAUCAAAGGAACAUGAAAAUCACAAGGUGAUUCCUCUGGAAGAGGCUUUGGAGGAAUACAAG